GUCAAAGUCUUUGUUAUGGUAGUCACUUUCCCUCCCAAAAAAAUUUCCACAAACAAACAGAAUCCUUGAAGAAAAAGGAUACAAAUUCUCUUGUUUAUCUUCACAAACCAAAACACAAACAUAUGAUAAGCUUUAGAAUUCACUGAAAUGAGCACCACAAGGUAUGUUCAUCAUGGCUCUUUUUGGUUUUCUGUGUUCUUGUUCUUCGAUUUCAUUUCUCUUGUUUUCUCUGAACUUUCUAGUAAUCAAAGAGGAACCAUGAUUAGGUUAUCAAAUUCAGUUAAUAAUAAAAGUUGGAAUACCACAAACCCAAAUCCUUGUCUAUGGAAAGGGGUCAAUUGUAGUUCUACUGGUGUCUCUGUAACUAAUAUUUCUCUGUCAAGCUUAGGUCUUUCUAGUUCUGAUUUUCUCACUGAAUUAUGCCAAAUUGAUUCAUUAGAGGGUCUUGAUGUCUCAGUAAACUCUUUAUCUUCAAUCCCAGAUGUGUUUAUCUCAGAUUGUGGAAAACUUAAUGGGUUAAAGAUGUUGAAUUUUAGUCAGAACAAAUUAUCUGGGGUUUUGCCUAAUUUUACUGGGUUUUCUAGUUUGGUAUCUUUGGAUUUAUCCAUGAAUAACUUAAGUGGAAAAUUAGAUGGUUUGGUUGGCAAUUUUAAGGUUUUAGAGAAAUUACAGCUGUCAAGGAAUCAAUUUACAGGUUCUAUCCCUGAUGAGCUCUUCGGUUAUCAGAACCUAACCUUGAUUGAUCUUAGUGGUAAUAAGAUUUCUGGGGUUCUUUCAAAUUCAAUUGGAGAUCUCUCCAAAUUGAAUACACUACUCCUUUCUUCUAAUAAUUUGAGUGGUGAAAUCCCUAAUAGCCUUUCCAGUAUCAAAACCCUAAGACGUCUUGCUGCAAAUCAGAAUAGCUUUACUGGUAUGAUUCCUUCUGGAAUUUCUCAGUUUCUGCUGAGUUUGGAUCUCAGUUUCAAUAAUUUGGUAGGAUCCAUACCCAUUGAUCUCCUUUCCCCACCUAAGCUGGAGUAUGUUGAUCUUACUAACAAUUCACUUGUAGGGCCUAUUCCAGAAAACAUUUCUAUAACUCUGCUUCGAUUAAGAUUAGGUAGCAAUCUACUCAAUGGAAGCAUUCCAUCUGCGACCAUUGGGAAACUUCUUCAAUUAACUUAUCUCGAGCUCGGUAAUAAUAGCUUGGUUGGGGAAAUUCCUGUGGAGUUAGGAAACUGUGUGAAGUUAGCAUUGUUAGACCUGUCUCAGAAUAGAUUAUCUGGUUCAUUACCAAAGGAGUUAGGUAACCUUCGUCAGCUUCAAGUUAUGAAACUCCAAUCCAACCAGGUAUUUGGUGACAUUCCUGAUCGGAUUUCACAGUUGCAGAACUUGUUGGUAUUAAAUGUCAGCCAGAAUAAUCUUACUGGUUCAAUCCCAUCAGCAAUUUCAAGCUUAACAAAACUCGUGAACGUCAAUCUACAAGAUAAUAAGCUCAAUGGUUCAGUACCAGAUUCGUUCAGUAAGUUGAAUUUUCUAAUAGAACUCCAACUGGGAAAAAACUGUCUAUGUGGAAGGAUUCCAAAGAUGCCACCAAAUUUGCAGAUUGCACUUAAUCUUAGUAGCAACUGUUUUGAAGGAGCAAUCCCUGAAACCCUUGGUGGAUUAAGUGCGCUAGAGGUUCUAGAUAUCUCCAACAACAAUUUUUCAGGUAACGUCCCGGGAUUUCUCACUACAAUGGGCAGUCUGACACGACUAUUGCUUUUAAAUAAUCAUCUCUCGGGAAUUCUCCCAAAUUUCAACCCAUUCACUGUAGUUGAUAUAUCUGGAAAUAAGGAUCUCAUCAAAUCACCUACCAAUAAAACUCCUACUUCACCUACCAAUAAUACCUCUCGGAAGGCGAAAAUUUCAGUCCCUGUGGUUAUUCUAAUCACAGUUAUCAGUGUUGUUCUCGGUGCUGCAGUCGCUCUAACAAUUGUGUUAUUUGUUACAAGAAAGUAUUAUCGGGUUAAUGAUGUGAACACAUAUUCUGGAGAACAAAUUUCGCCUCCUCAGGUUAUCGAUGGUCAUUUAUUAACUGCAAAUAGAAUCCACAGAUCUAAUAUUGAUUUCACUGCAGCAAUGGUGUCAGUUAGUAAUACAUCGAAUGUUAUAAUUAAGAACAGAUUUUCGACCUAUUACAAAGCUGUUAUGCCAUGUGGGAGAGAUUAUUAUGUGAAGAAGCUGAAUUGGGAUGAUAACAUACUCCACCUUGGAAGCCGCGAGAAGUUUGCUAAAGAACUAGAGAUCCUGGGGAGGUUGAACAAUUCCAAUGUCAUGGUUCCAUUGGCGUAUGGAUUGACUGCUGAUAGUGCUUACCUCUUUUACGAGUACGCCCAAAAGGGAACUCUCUUUGAGGUUCUUCAUGGGAACUUGGGAAAGGUUUUGGACUGGACUAGCCGUUAUAGUAUAGCUGUGGGUAUAGCUCAAGGUCUGGUUUUUCUUCAUGGGUGCAGUAGUGGUUCGAUUCUCCUUCUCGACCUUUCAUCAAAAAGCAUUUUCCUGAAGUCCUUAAAGGAACCUCAGAUUGGUGAAAUUGAGCUUGUUGAGUUGAUCGGUCCGUCAAAAAAUACUGGAAGCCUUUCGACAGUUGCUGGUUCUGUUGGCUACAUUCCUCCAGAAUAUGCUUACAUAAUGAGAUUGACGGUGCCAGGGAAUGUCUACAGUUUUGGGGUUAUACUGUUGGAAUUGCUCACAGGAAAACCAGCAGUCAGUGAGGGGAUUGAGUUAGCCAAAUGGGCAUUGAGUAAUUCAACUGAUCGUGAUCAAAUUCUUGAUCCUACUGUCAGCAAAACAUCAAGUUGGGCUCGAAGUCAGAUGCUAUCAGUUCUUAAAAUUGCUUUAGGCUGUGUGAAUAUCUCCCCAGGAGCAAGGCCAAACAUGAAGAACGCGCUAAAUAUGCUUGUCAAUGCAAAGUAACAAAUUCUGCGAGUACCAACCUUGUCUGAGCAAAACAAAACAUCAAGGUCAUCCCGGCCCAUUGGUGUCCGAUUCUUUAUGCCUAAGUAGUAGUAGUUUAUACAACUAGUAUAUAUUGAUACAACUUGGACAGGGAAUGCAAAAUACCUGUCCUACUUUGUUAUAUAGGCUGCUCAAGUGAGCUAUUUUGUAGUUGUGUGUAUCUUUUAUCUAUCAUCUAGGAAUAUAUGCUUAUAGUGAUCUCCGCGGGUGUUGUAUUAUGGUGAAACUCUGUAUAUAUAAAUUUAUUAUAAUCAAGUAUCAACAUAUGGUCUUUGGGAA